AUGUCCCAACCGUUCCAGAACCUUUACCAGCUGCGUAAAGUGGGUUCCAAGGACUCCAGGCCCUGCGUGGUGUGCUUCAAGGCAACCUCGGCUGUGCUGGUGUCGGGUCCGGAUUUUUUCUACGUGUGCGAAUCGCAUCUCGGUGACAAACAAUUCUGUACCGUUCAAUAUGCCGACCAAUCCGGCUCAAAAGAAACAGAGCACCAGGAGUUGGUUCAGAAACAACUCGCCUCAAACCAGAAACUCGCCGCUUGCCAGCACAAACUGGACCAGCAAACCUCUCAAUUCGCCAUAGUUAAAGAUUACCUCUGGAAACAGAAAGAAGAGGCCUCGCAGGACGACCUCAAACAACAAUUGUCCGAUCUAAAGAAAGAAUCCGCUACAAACACGGCCAAUUUGCAAACGUUUAUCAAGUCGUUUAAAAAAUACGAGCUAGACUCGGUUUUUUAUAAAGCAAGACUUCAACAGCACUAUAAAAAGAUAAAGCACCAGCAAACAAUGAAGAAACUGUCCGAAGGAACCUUGUUCCCCAAAGUGCCAGACCUGCCUGAAUUGCCUAACCUAUCCAAGCCUUAA